UCAUAUAGUGGGUGUGGCCAAUGAAAACACGCAAUCAGAGUGCGCAUUGACUGCUUGGUAAAUUAGCAUAGACGAGGGGAUAAAUUGUCUGUGCUUUUCUCGGUGUUCACUGACUCUUCAGUUUGACUCGUUGAUUCAUAAUGCCUGAACCUGCGAAGUCCGCUCCGAAGAAGGGAUCCAAGAAGGCCGUCACGAAGGUCGCCGGUAAGGGAGGAAAGAAGCGCAGAAAGUCCAGGAAGGAGAGUUACGCUAUCUACGUGUACAAAGUCCUGAAGCAGGUCCAUCCUGACACCGGGAUCUCCUCCAAGGCGAUGGGCAUCAUGAACUCCUUCGUCAACGACAUCUUCGAGCGCAUCGCCGGUGAGUCGUCUCGUCUCGCUCACUACAACAAGCGCUCCACCAUCACAUCGAGAGAGAUCCAGACCGCCGUGCGUCUGCUGCUGCCCGGUGAACUGGCCAAACACGCCGUGUCUGAGGGCACAAAGGCCGUCACCAAGUACACCAGCUCCAAGUAAAGUGAAGCUCCAGCUGCACCCAAAGGCUCUUUUAAGAGCCACCCAUGAGCUCAUUUAAAAGGGUUUAUUGUUCUAGGACACAAGGAAGUUUAUAAACCGGUUUGUUUUCAGCCAGAAAUCAGACAGAGGACAAUAUUUCUAUCAAGUUUUUAUUUGUAAUGGAUUAUAAAUAAUUAACUGGUAAAGAAGCUUUUUUUUUUGUUGUUUAAUGUUAAUCUACAAUAUUCUUUAAAACGGAUCUGAAUAUAUUCAAAUAUAUCUCCUGAUCCUCCUGUAAUUAUUGUUUUAUUGUUUCUUUGUGGGGGGGCUUGUGACUUUAAUAAACUGUGUUUAUUUGUUAAAAGUGUUUAUUUAGAGAGAGGUGUUAGAAAAUGCCCAACCAUUAGAAACAAACCAAACACAUGGGAACAAAACACUGACACUUGAUGAAAAAGAAUCAACAAGAAUUCAUGCAAGCUGCUGUGAGUUUAGUUUGCUUGAUUUCCACAGAGCAGUUUGUUUACACGCAUUGUGAAUAAAUUAAUCCAGCAAUGAAAGCAGCAUUACUUAAUUCCACACUUGUGUGGCUGAAUAUUUUACAAUACAGGUGACUGGUGAAAUUGGGCAUUUUCAGCCACUGUGGCUGAUGGGCAAAAAAAGUUUGUGUCCUUUUACCCCAGUGUUAUCUAUGAAACCUGCAUCUUUCUGUUUUCCUGCUCCAGUUUUCCUUUGAUCUACUGAUGAUCUACCACCAUCACUUAAGAAUUUAUUUUACCCAAGUUAUGAGAUAGCUGUAUGAAUUGAAUGUGGUGACAUAAAAAAGCAUGAGUGCGCCUUUCUAUUGCAUUCGCUAGAUGUACUCAAACACAUUGACUCGUUCAGUCCGAUUCAUGACUUAAUGACUCAAAAACAGUGAUUCACCAGCUCAUGAGAUCUCGUUUUGAAUCAGUUUGACAAAUUCUUCAGUGAAUGAACUUCCUGAAUUACUCGAAAGGGCAGAAUGAAUGUGAAGAUGCUCUCAGUCAUGUCGAAAUGUUUAGUGUACAAAGUUGAUCAAAUAUGAUAAUAUAUGAGAAAACUUUGUUAAAGAUAAUUAAUAUUGUUUAAACUUACACUCUAAUAAAUAAAUCCGUAAAAUAACAAAGUACUGGCAGAUGAUUUCCUGGAC